CCUUUCAUACUUGGUGUAGAGCAGUGAGUGAACCCUGCAGGCGUGUUUCCGAGUUACGACUGACCAUGGACCAGCCUCCGUUUCCGAGUCGUCCAUAACCCUCGCUUUUUGAAGUGCACAUUCGACGCUAGGAUGUUCAACUUGUCCACGCUGUUCUUUGCCGCUGUUGUCAGCGCACUAGUCGCUGCGAACGUGGUUGUCGCCGCUCCCAUACCUGACAAAGGCUACACCAACGCGCUCGUGGAUCGCCACUGGCAUUUUCCAGGAACAGGAGGAACUAUACAAUUCGGGAUGCCUGUUGUUGACGACAUAUCCUCUGAGCGCCACGGUUUGGAGGCCUAUGAUCUGCAGUUUGGCGUAGCGGGAGAGGCAGCGAUCGAUUCGCCGCCAUCGCAAGUCACCGCGUAUACAGAAAGCAGCAUUCUAGUCGAGUACUCACCUGGUGUACUACCUGUGUCCUGUCGCCGCCCUUGAGCCGUCGAGCCAAACUGGAAUUUGGAUGAUGCGAGGCCGUAUUCAGUGACAUAGUACUUAGGCAGCUCGAAACACACUUAGCACCUCGCUCGUCUUACCACGCACUGCGCCUGGCAAGAAUAUGCAGCCUGAGGGCUGUACCUAUAUAGUAGAUAACAGCCUGGCUAUGUCUCGAUGCUAUACAC